AUGCUGAGCCUCCUCAUCUGGAUCCUCACUCUCUCGGAUACUUUCUCCCAAGGGACCCAGACUCGCUUCAGCCAGGAGCCAGCCGACCAGACUGUGGUGGCGGGACAGCGGGCCGUGCUCCCCUGCGUGCUGCUCAACUACUCAGGGAUCGUGCAAUGGACCAAGGACGGGCUGGCUCUAGGCAUGGGCCAGGGACUCAAAGCCUGGCCGCGGUACCGGGUCGUGGGCUCUGCAGACGCCGGGCAGUACAACCUGGAGAUCACAGACGCCGAGCUCUCUGACGAUGCCUCUUAUGAAUGUCAGGCCACCGAGGCCGCCCUGCGCUCCCGGCGGGCGAAACUCACCGUGCUCAUCCCCCCAGAGGACACCAAGAUUGAUGGAGGCCCUGUACUUCUGCUGCAAGCAGGCACCCCCCACAACCUCACAUGCCGAGCCUUUAAUGCCAAGCCUGCUGCUACUAUCAUCUGGUUCCGGGACGGGACUCAGCAGGAGGGUGCUGUGGCCAGCACGGAACUGCUGAAGGAUGGGAAGAGGGAGACCACCAUCAGCCAGUUGCUCAUUAACCCCACAGACCUGGACAUAGGGCGUGUCUUCACCUGCCGUAGCAUGAACGAGGCCAUCCCAAGUGGCAAGGAGACUUCCAUUGAGCUUGACGUGCACCACCCUCCUACGGUGACCCUGUCCAUCGAGCCACAGACGGUGCAGGAGGGUGAGCGUGUUGUCUUUACGUGCCUGGCCACAGCCAACCCCGAGAUCCUGGGCUACAGAUGGGCCAAGGGAGGCUUCUCGAUUGAAGAUGCCCAUGAAAGUCGCUAUGAGACAAAUGUUGAUUAUUCCUUCUUCACGGAGCCUGUGUCCUGUGAGGUUUUCAACAAAGUGGGCAGCACCAAUGUCAGCACUUUAGUAAAUGUCCACUUUGCCCCCCGGAUUGUAGUUGACCCUAAACCUACGACGACGGACAUUGGCUCUGAUGUGACUCUCACCUGUGUCUGGGUUGGGAACCCCCCCCUCACUCUCACCUGGACCAAAAAGGACUCAAACAUGGUCCUGAGUAACAGCAACCAGCUGCUGUUGAAGUCGGUGACCCAGGCAGAUGCCGGCACCUACACCUGCCGGGCCAUCGUGCCUCGCAUUGGAGUGGCUGAGCGGGAGGUGCCGCUCUAUGUGAAUGGGCCCCCCAUUAUCUCCAGCGAGGCAGUGCAGUAUGCUGUGAGGGGUGACGGUGGCAAGGUGGAGUGUUUCAUCGGGAGCACGCCGCCCCCAGACCGCAUCGCAUGGGCAUGGAAGGAGAACUUCUUGGAGGUGGGGACCCUGGAACGCUAUACAGUGGAGAGGACCAACUCAGGCAGCGGGGUGCUGUCUACACUCACCAUCAACAAUGUCAUGGAGGCCGACUUUCAGACCCACUAUAACUGCACUGCCUGGAACAGCUUCGGGCCGGGCACGGCCAUCAUCCAGCUGGAAGAGCAAGAGGUGUUACCCGUGGGCAUCAUCGCUGGAGCCACCAUCGGUGCGGGCAUCCUGCUCACCUUCUUCUUCAUCGCCUUGGUGUUCUUCCUGUACCGGCGUCGCAAAGGCAGUCGUAAGGACGUGACCCUAAGGAAACUGGACAUCAAGGUGGAAACAGUGAACCGUGAGCCACUCACAAUGCAUUCUGACCGGGAGGACGACACCGCCAGUGUCUCCACAGCGACCCGAGUCAUGAAAGCCAUCUACUCAUCCUUCAAGGAUGACGUGGACCUGAAGCAGGACCUGCGCUGCGACACCAUCGACACCCGGGAGGAGUAUGAAAUGAAGGACCCCACCAAUGGCUACUACAACGUGCGUGCCCACGAAGACCGCCCCUCUUCCAGGGCAGUGCUCUAUGCUGACUACCGUGCCCCUGGUCCUGCCCGCUUCGAUGGCCGCCCCUCUUCCCGCCUCUCCCACUCCAGCGGCUACGCCCAGCUCAACACCUACAGCCGCGCCCCGGCCUCCGACUACGGCCCUGAGCCCACGGCCCCUGGUCCAGCCACCCCAGCGGGCACCGACACAGCCAGCCAGCUGUCCUACGAGAACUAUGAGAAGUUCAGUUCCCAUCCCUUCCCCGGGGCAGCAGGGUAUCCCACCUACCGACUUGGUUACCCCCAAGCCCCGCCCUCUGGCCUGGAGCGGACCCCAUUCGAGGCCUACGACCCCAUCGGCAAGUACGCCACCGCCACUCGGUUCUCCUACACGUCGCAGCACUCGGACUACGGCCAGCGGUUCCAGCAGCGCAUGCAGACGCACGUGUAGGGCCGGCGCCGGGCCGGGGCAUCUCUGCGGGGCAGAGGAGAAGCUGUUCCCUGAUAUUCAGGGGCAUUGCUCGUUGCUCCUGUCUCCAACCAACCUUCCUCCUCUGCCAUGGCAGGUGGGGAAUAGGUCUCCCGGAAACACCCACCCGAGGAUGGUGCUCUGUGCGUGCCCCAGCUUCCCGGGCCUGCCCUUCCCUCUUCUUCGGGAGGCUGUGUGUCUGCAGACCCACACGGGGCCUGGCCCCCAGCACCGGGUGGGGAAAGUGAUGGCU